UUAAGCAGGGACGUGCAGAACCCUAACCAAGGAGAAGGGUGGUUAACCCGAAGCAUAGCAUUGAUCGAAGUCGUAUUGGCCACUGGGAGUCCAAGUCAAGAACAAACCAAGCCGUUCAAGCCUUCAAGGAGCAGCAGUAUGGGCGGGCGAGGCAAGUCUCGCACCCAACGAAAGCAUUUCCGGCAGAGCAGAGAGAAUGAGUGGAAACGUUCAAAACCCGAUCCUUCUUCUCAAGACCCUGACUCCACCACCGACAAUCCCAAUUCUACUUGGACUCCCUUCGCUACUCAGAACUCUACUUUUGAUGAGUAUUACAAAGAGCAGGGCAUAGUACCUCCAGAAGAGUGGGAUGCAUUUGUUGCAGUUCUCAGAACCCCAUUGCCUGCUAGCUUCAGAAUUAACGCUUGUAGCCAGUUUUCUGCUGAUCUUAGGUCGCAAUUGGAGAAGGAUUUUGUGCAAACUCUUCAGGCUGAGGUUGUUGAAGGGGAUGAGGCAGAGGCCAUUAAACCUUUGCCAUGGUAUCCUGAGAAUCUUGCUUGGCAUUCAAACUUCUCCCGUAUGCAGCUGAGGAAGAAUCAAGCGCUUGAGAGGUUCCAUGAAUUCUUAAAGCUAGAAAAUGAAAUUGGAAAUAUUACAAGACAGGAAGCUGUCAGCAUGGUGCCUCCCCUCUUCUUGAAUGUGCAGCCAAAUCAUUUUGUGCUUGAUAUGUGUGCGGCACCGGGUUCGAAAACAUUCCAAUUGCUUGAGAUUAUACAUCAGUCAACUAAAACCAGUUCUCUUCCUGAUGGAAUGGUGAUAGCAAAUGAUCUUGAUGUCCAAAGAUGCAAUCUUCUCAUCCACCAAACUAAACGGAUGUGCACAGCCAACCUAAUCGUCACUAAUCAUGAAGCUCAGAACUUCCCAGGCUGUCGUUUAGUCAGAAAUCAUGAAUUGUUGGAACUAGAACAGCAUAUUGGCCAACUUUUAUUUGAUUGCAUUCUCUGUGAUGUGCCAUGCAGUGGAGAUGGAACCCUUCGCAAGGCACCUGAUCUUUGGAGGAAAUGGAAUACUGGAAUGGGCAAUGGGCUUCACAGCCUGCAAGUUCUAAUAGCUAUGCGAGGCUUAUCUUUACUUAAAGUUGGUGGAAGAAUGGUCUAUUCAACCUGCUCAAUGAAUCCAAUUGAGAAUGAAGCUGUGGUUGCAGAGGUUUUACGGAGGUGUGAAGGAUCUGUUGAACUUGUUGAUGUCUCAAAUGAGCGCCCUCAACUUUUGCGUCGGCCUGGUCUCAAGAGAUGGAAGGUACGCGACAAGGGCUUGUGGUUGGCUUCCUAUAAAGAUGUUCCCAUGCAUCGAAGAAGUGCAGUUCUUCCCAGCAUGUUUCCUUCUGGCAAAAAGUAUGAGGAUCUUGUUGACAGUAAUCAUAAGGCGGUGAUGGAAAAUGAUAUUGAUAAGGGUGUUUGUGUAAGCUCUGAAGACGGCAAUCGAGCAGCAGAGAACCCUGUGACUUAUAAGUUUAUUGAGGAAGUUUCUGAUUUACCACUAGAGCAUUGCAUGAGGAUAGUGCCUCACGAUCAAAACACUGGAGCUUUCUUUAUUGCGGUACUGCAAAAGGUUUCUCCUCUUCCAGAGAAACGCAAAAAUGGAAUUGAUAAGCAGCAUGGAGAACCAGAGAACCAGGACAUUGAGGAUUCAAAGGAAUUGCAGGUCGAUUCAUUAGAAAAUACACGUGAGGAAGCUUUGGAAGCGGUUAAUGUAAUUAAUAACAGACACAACACAGAAGAUUUGGAAGCUAGUCCUUCUGGUGCAUGUUUAGAAGGGGAUUCAGAGGAAGUGCAUAAGCCUCUUGAAACAGAAAGCAUAGUAAAAAUGACUCCAGGGAAAAGAAAGCUGCAGAUUCAGGGCAAGUGGAGAGGCGUUGAUCCUGUUUUCUUUUUCAGAGAUGAAGUCACUAUUAACAGCAUAAAAGAUUUUUAUGGUAUUGAUCAAAGGUUUCCAUUCAAUGGUCAUCUUGUCACUAGAAACAAAGAUAGAGGCCAUGUGAAAAGAAUUUACUAUGUCAGCAAGUCAGUCAAAGAUGUUCUUGAACUGAAUUUCUCAGUUGGGCAGCAACUCAAAAUAGCAUCCCUUGGUCUGAAGAUGUUUGAAAGACAGACAUCAAGAGAAGGAAGCUCAGCGCCAUGUGCUUUCCGAAUAUCAUCUGAAGGAUUGCCUCUUAUUUUGCCAUACAUUACUAAGCGAAUUCUUUGUGCAUCUCCUGGAGACUUCAAGCAUCUUCUGCAGUACAAAACAAUAAAAUUUGCAGACUUUGUUGAUGCCGGGUUUGGCAAAAAGGCAGAAAAUCUAACGCCAGGCUAUUGUGUGGUAGUUCUAAGCAAAGGGCGAAGAGAAGCAUCAGAAUUCAUUCAGGUGGACGAGUCUACCAUAGCCAUUGGAUGCUGGAAAGGUAGGGCCAGUUUGACAGUAAUGGUAACUGCCAUGGACUGCCGAGAACUGCUUGAAAGACUUUUAGUGAGAUUCGACACCGGAAAGGGUUCCUCCGUGCGUGAGAACAUGCCCUCCAGUAAUGCCUUUGAUGAAAUACAGGGCCCUAACGUCAUCGAUGACUCGGCAGCUACAGGAGGCGACGAUAGCUAAUAGGUUUACUUGCAUGCUUAUGAGUAACAUUAUCGUAAAUUUUAUUGCCAUCGUCUCCAUCAAGUUUUGUAAAACGAGGUUACAGUUUAGGUAUUGCUUCAACUUCAUAUUAUUAUUUUUUUAAGUCUUGUAAGUUAAAGAAAUUCUGUUUCUUCGGAAUUGCUUUGA